GGGCGAGAACAACUCGGCAGAAGGAGCCUGAGUUCGACACAGGAUGGAGGUCGCAUCGCUCUGCCUUGUGCUCUCCACGCUGACCAUCACUCCAGACAGAUCUCAGUUCUUCUGGCAUGACAAGAUCUCCCUGAAGUGUGCGGCGAGCUCCAGCGGCUGGACGUUGUGGAGAAACACCUCCUACGGGACGUUGGAUGUGUGCCCACACGACUGGGGGGUCCAGGGUGAGUCCUCCUGCAGCCUCGAAGACGCCUUCCCGUCGGACACCGGGGUUUACUGGUGUGAGUCUCAGCAGGGGGCCUGCAGCAACGCCGUCAGCAUCACGGUGACAGGGGGGGGUGUGAUCCUGGAGAGCCCCACGCUGCCCGUGACGGAGGGAGAUGAGGUGACGCUUCGCUGUUCCUACAAAGAAGAAGAAGACCAAGAUGAAUCCACGUCGGAUUUCCUCGCCGCGUUCUACCGGGAUGGCGAGUCCAUCGGCGCCGAGCCGUCAGGACAGAAGCUCCUCCGGGGGGUGUCAGAGUCGGACCGAGGCUCCUACGAGUGUGAGCACCCCACCAAGGGGAGGUCUCCCCGCGGCUGGCUGGCCGUGUCAGCGAGGCCUUCUCCUCCUUCUCCUCCUCCUCCACCCUUCAUGAUUCUGCCCAAGCUGCUGUGCUCCACCCUGCUGUUCGUCCUCUACACCGUCAUUCUCACCUGUGCAUACACCUGUACCGAAGGAGGGCCCGAGCUCAAGUGGAGAAUAAAGGGAGGCCUGAUUGUCCCGUACUGGAAUGAUGAAGAAGAAGAAGAAGAAGAAGAAGAACCACUUCCUGUCACGCGGUGCAAAUGUUUGCCAAUAGCAGCGUAAAUGAAGGAAAAAAGCUUAGAUUUUCAUUCAUCUGUUGUUUUAAAAUUGUGUGUAUUGUACGUUUUUAUCAGGUCUUAGAAGCCAAAAGAGAAAAUAU